AUGGACGGAGCAAAGGAGAAGCCUGUCAAGGCUCCCCGGAGAACCAAGAAGAAGCGAGGAAAUGAAAAGCUGAUACCAUGGCUUUACGACCUGGUCCUCUGGGUGAUGUCUGUCUUGAUCGAGCUGUUCUUUCGUGAAGUACAUCCACGCGGAGCAUGGAAGGUCCCACGUACCGGGCCCGUUAUCCUCGUCGCCGCACCACAUGCAAAUCAGUUCGUCGAUUCCUUAAUUCUCAUGAGAAUCCUCAAGACCGAAGCGAGAAGAAGGAUAUCAUACCUGAUCGCCGAGAAGUCCACACAUCGGAAAUUCAUUGGAACCUUGUCCAAGGCCAUUGGUGCAAUACCAGUUGCACGCGCCCUGGACAACGUCAAGCCUGCUCAGGGCAAGAUUUUCCUCCCAGACCCAGAGAACGAUCCCACCCUUGUUAAGGGAAUUGGCACCGACUUCAAGAAUGGUCGAUUUGAAAUCGGUGGCCUGAUUGUUCUGCCCAAGGUGCGUGGGCAAACACCCAGCACCGAUAUUGCCGAGAUUAUAUCCUCCACCGAACUGCGCCUCAAGAAACCCUUCAAGACUCAAGAGGCGUUGGAAUCGAUCACAAAGCCUGCCUCAGAUGGCGAUUCAACCCCAGGUUGUUCAUUCAAGGUCGCGCCGUUCGUCGACCAGACCAAAGUUUACAAUGCCGUCUUUCAGGAACUGGAUGCCGGUGGUUGCAUUGGUAUCUUCCCGGAGGGAGGCAGCCAUGAUCGGCCAGAUCUACUGCCUUUGAAAGCAGGUGUCGCAAUCAUGGCCCUGGGAGCAGAGGCAAACCACCCUGGAUGUGGUGUAAAGAUCAUUCCUAUUGGCAUGAAUUAUUUCCACGCACAUAAGUUUCGGUCCCGGGCGGUGAUCGAGUUUGGCCAUCCCAUCGAAGUACACCCUGAUCAGGUUGCAGCAUACAAAAGUGGCGAUCGCAGGAACGCAGUUGGAUCCCUCCUGGAAACAGUAUACCAAGGUCUAUUGUCUGUUACUCAGGCUUGCCCAGACUACGACACCUUGAUGCUCGUACAGGCAGCGAGAAGGCUGUACAAUCCCUGGGGCAAGAAACUACCUCUGCCUCUAGUUGUCGAGCUCAACAGGCGCCUUGUCAAAGGUUACACCAAAUAUCAAGAUGAUCCGAGGGUAGUCGCUGUCAAGAAGGAUGUGCUCAACUACAAUCGCCAGCUUCGAGCUCUUGGGAUCCGAGACCAUCAGGUUGAAUGGGGCAACGCAGCCAAACGCCCGUGGUGGCUUGUGUUCGGCACGCUGAUCUACAGACUCGGCGAGCUGUUCCUGUUGGGUAUCGGGACUCUUCCAGGCCUGGCCAUGUUCUGGCCGGUCUUUGUUACUACCAAAGUCAUUUCGGUGAAAAAGUCCCGAGAGGCGCUAGCUGCAUCAACGGUCAAAUUGCAAGGUCGCGAUGUCAUCACCACUUGGAAACUUCUUGUCGCCAUGGCAUUUGCACCUGCGCUAUACGCGUAUUACACCAUCAUUGUCUCGUUAUGGCUGGUAUACAAUCGAAGAGACGGCUAUUAUACAUACCGAGUACCAUGGUGGAUGGUGGCUCGGACAUAUGUGCCAGACUUUGUCCCAAUAUGGCUCUUCGCAGUCUCUUUCCUCGUUCUCUGUAUCAGCAUCACUUUUGCGGCCUUGCGUAUCGGGGAAAUUGGCAUGGAUGUUGUCAAAUCUCUGCCACCACUGUUUAUUGCUCUAAAUCCUCGUUCCUCGAGUCGAAUUGCGCGACUUCGAGAAACCAGAGCUGCACUGUCCGUCAAGGUCACCGAACUCAUCAAUACCCUUGGACCCGAAGUUUUCCCUGAUUUCGAUGCCGAGCGAAUCGUCGCUGAUCCUUUCAGAGAAGGCGCAUACCAGUCCAGUUACAAGAAGAUGCCAGAGGAACCUAGGUUGUUGGACGGUGGCGAGCCAAUGGCACCUACGCCGGGCGCGUUCGAAGCGACUUCCGAAUCUCCGGUACAGAGGUCAUUCAGCUCCAUGCUACCAUCGAAUGAAUCUUUUGGUAAUAUUGGUGGGUUUGGCUUCUUCGCCUCGCGACCUACAACCCCAAAGAGCCGAAGUAGAAGCAGUUCCGCUGGUGGAGCUCUCACCUCUGCUAGCAUGCCGCUCAAGGCUCUCAGCACGCUGAAUACAACCGAGAGCUUUGACGAGGUCAGUAAACGCAUCAGGGGUGCAAUGCGUGAAAGGGGAAGAAAGCGGGAAAGCGAAGGCAUGGACACUGGAACUGAGAGCAGCUGGGACAUGGCUUCCGAAGGGGAUGAAGAGCCAAAGAAGGAGAAAUGA